GUGGGGGUGUCGUGUUCCUGUGGGCCCCGCCGCCUCAAGGACAACCUCUCUCCUCUGGAUCCACGACGGAAGAAAGAGAACAUGGCCCUCAUUCUUCUCGGCAGAUUCUGAACGAUGAUUGAAGACGCUCGGACGGAUGGGAAUGAGCCCGAGUCCACAUUCAUGGCCGCCAUCACUCUACGGUGCCACUAUUGUCCGACCGAAUUCUUCUCACAGCUUGACGAGGAGCUAAUUUUAAAAUUCUAAAAGAGGGGCGAAUCUGAGGAAUUCGACAUGAACCUAGUGAACAUGCUUUCGGUUUGAUCUAUAAUCAAGGUUGCACUGGACAUGGAGUCCGAUAGGCGACGAGGCGACGGAUGGCCAGACUACAACGAGGCGACGUUUGGCGCUGAGAAUGACGUCUUUUUUCUUCCAAAGUGUUUUCCGUACUGACUCAAGGAGGUCAAGAGGUUCGAAGGCGAGGUAUGAAUUGGACGAGCAACCUACAUUGCUAUGAAUUGCGCUCUAUGCACACAACGUGAGCCUCCAUCGUGUCUGCAAAGGUAUUUCAAGACGAUAUGGCGUGCGAUCAUUCUAGUGAGCUCAUUCCAGAUUUUCCACGCUGAGAUGACCCCGAAGGCACGUUCAAAAACAUCAUAUAUAUCUCUUGAGUGUUGCAGUUCCACUACGUGGAAUAAUUCCACAAACAAGACGAGACUGUACUGCUAAGGUUCAGUAAGCGUACAUUCUGAACACAACAAUGUACUUGUGUCGUACUGCGAGGUUGAAAA